GCACUGCUGAUCGCCAUUUGCGUCGCUGUGGCGAACGCUCAAGUACCAGGAUUCCAGUUUCCUCAGCAACAGCAAGCACAACCACUAUUUUACUACCUCAAUGUACCCCCGAGCUAUCAAUUUAGUCCUCAACAACAACUGCAGCAGCAACAACAACAGGUUAUCCCUGCAGAGGAACCUGACAGGCUGAGAGGUGAUGGGAAAACCACAGGGGCUGUCGCCACUCUGGUGCCUUAUUCUUCGGUGGACCCCAGUGCUCGUCUUUUCGACAGUGCUCUUCAAAACGCCUAUCUGAGCCUGAUCUCUCAAAUCAAUGCUCUGAAGCAGACUGAGACUCCUUUGAUCGGCAAAGCGGACAUGUACCGCGGAGGAACAGCUACGAUCGUUGGCUCCGUUUAUUUCAUUCAGAAAACGUCCACUAGUCCAGUCAUUGCAGUUGCCAGCAUCACUGAUGGGGGAACUGCUAUCACUGCCACAACUAAUGCGGGGAGACUCCAAGUGUGGUCAACCGCAGUCAAUACUGCAAAUCCUGCCUGCGGUGAUGCAACCUUGGGAAGUAAAUUCUACUCUACCACUACCGGAUUGAUUACUGGUUUCACGGGCACUACUGGAGGCACUCCCGUGGUAAACACUGUUUUAGGCUCUGUCACCAACACAGUGGUUUCGCAAGUAACCCUUUUCGUGAUCGCAGGAUUAAUCCUGGCAUGCGGAGCCCAAAUAAAUUCCCAAAAUGUAUCUAGUGAUGACAGUGUUCUGAAACAAGAGGUGAAAGCAAAAAGAGGCAAGCAAAUCGACUUGACGAGCUUGCUCACAAACAAACAGAACCCCUUCGCCACUAUUUUCACUCCUGACGUGUACAUCGGUCAAGCUCAGAACCAAAUCGCGCAAAUGCGAGAUGGAUUUCCUCUGAUGGCAAGAGCUUCUUUAUCUCGGAAUACAGCAAGUACCACAUUGAUCGGCGAAGUCCUUUUCUUUCAACGCAGCGCGGUCCACAAUAUGAUCGUGAUCGUGGCCUUUUCUGCUGCGUCUGCGGAUGCGAUUCUAGACGCGACAACGACGGGUGUUUUGGACGUUAGGACUGCAUCUGCCCUUGCCACAGCCAAUCCAUUCUGCGCAAUCGGAGAAGUUUACAAUCCAAAUGCAAUGACCAACGGAGGAAUUCUACUGUCGCCUGCCAGCGUGACUGCAAUUAACACCGAAAAUGUUCUAAAUUCGUACAUCACCACUGUGACUGCGCAAAUGGCGACUCUAUUUCCACCAACUUCGAUUAUUGGCAGAACCAUCAAGUUUUCAAAGACUUCGACAGAAGCAGCAACUUCAGCGAACGUGUUUUGUGGGAGAAUCGUGCAAGCAUGAUGAAAGCCAAAGCCCGUCAUGAAAUUGCAAGCGCAGCUUCUGAGUUUCAAGUGUUUUACCCAUAUACUGAAUUUUCUUGAAAAUUUCAAUAAAAUCAUUCAUUU